AUGGCUGCGGGGCUGGCGGGUGCACAUGGUGUGCCUGGCUGUGGCAGCCACGCAUGUGGUUGCAUGUUUGCAACGGUGGAUAUGGCUGCUGGAGCUAGUGCUUUGGAGGGCAAUCCACCACCACGCACGUCGGCGACCUUGAACGAGGUGGAGGAAAUUGGCACCGAGGACUCCUCUUCCUCUAAGGAUGAAGAGAAGGAGGAGGAGGAGGAUGAAGGAGGAGCCACUACAGAAGGAGGUCUUGAUGACUCCAUCAUCAACAGUGAAAAUGAUGAUGACGACGGCAUCAUUGACUGGGAGGAUCUCGAAAAAUCAUCCUCAUCAAAUGAUGAUAGCGGUGCCCCACAGUCAAAGAGGCCUAGCCUAACAUAG